GUGGCCUCAGCCGCUCGCCCCGCCCCCACCGGGUAGGCACCUGCGCACAAGAAUGUUAUUGUGCGAUGCCGGCAGGCCAGGUUCGGUGCUGCGCGUGUCUCUGCUAGAGUUUUAUCUUUUUCUCCAAAUACACAGAAAGAGGAAAGAGCAACAUUUUUAAGAGGACGCCAGUCUUCACCCCUUUACUCCCAAAGGUACAUAUAAACAGUGGUUUUUCAGGUUGAAGUUCUCUGAGAGAAAAGGAGCUGCCGAGAGAGGGAAGAGAGGAAAGGUAGUUUGCAGGGCCACCUUCCACUUCCCCGUUGCCUAGUAACUGUUUCCAGGGCAGUCGCGCCGUCAACAACGCUAAGUGAUCCCAAGAGUAAUAGAAGAGAGAUUUUAUUUUCUUCCCAAGAGAGGACAGCUAAGAAGACGUCAAAGGGGAAUUGUGUGAAAGAGAGAAGCCUUAGUUCCUUGAGAAGGCAAGAGAGUAGGAGAGGAAAGGGGAAGCGAUGAAGAAAGGGAUGGAGAUAUUGUUAUAAUGAGGAAAAAAGCUGAGUAGUUUUAAGGACUCAUUUGGUGGCCAUGGAUCCAACGUGCUCUUCUGAGAGCAUUUAUAACCUCAUACCCAGUGACUGGAAGGAACAUCCCCCGCCUCCUAGGUAUGUAUCCAUUUUUAAGGCAGCUGUAAAAGAUGAGAAGCAAAAAUUUAAAACUGCAAUGAAAACUAUGGGACCAGCAAAACUUGAAGUACCUUCUCCAAAGGAUUUCCUGAAGAAACAUUCAAAGGAAAAAACUCUACCACCAAAAAAAAAGUUUGAACGGAAUGAGCCCAAAAAGCCUCCUGUGCCAUUGAGGACGGACCAUCCAGUCAUGGGAAUACAGAGUGAAAAAAAAUUUAUAAAUACAAAUGCAGCCGAUGUCAUUAUGGGAGUGGCUAAAAAACCUAAGCCAAUUUAUGUUGACAAAAGAACUGGAGACAAGCAUGACCUUGAAACUUCAGGACUAGUUCCAAAGUACAUCAAUAAAAAGGGUUAUGGUGUCACGCCUGAUUACAUACGUAAGCGAAAUGAAGAAGUGAAGAAAGCCCAGGAAGAAUAUGAUAACUAUAUCCAGGAAAACCUCAGGGAAGCAGCUAUGAAAAGGCUAUCUGAUGAAGAAAGGGAGGCAGUUCUGCAGGGGCUGAAAAAGAACUGGGAAGAAGUACAUAAGAAGUUUCAGUCCCUCUCGGUCUUCAUCGACUCCAUACCAAAGAAGAUUCGCAAGCAGAAGCUGGAAGAAGAGAUGAAGCAGCUGGAACAUGACAUUGGUGUCCUCGAAAAGCACAAAAUUAUUUAUAUUGCUAAUAAGUAAUGGUGGAUUUUAAAAAAUAUAAUCAUUUUAACAUAGAAAAAAACCCACGGAAAACAUAGAAAUUAAAUCAUAAGUUUUUUUCAAAGAGUAAAAUACUAUGAAGAGUAUAAAAAUAGUCUUUACCAAAACGCUUAGGCAAUGUUUAAAGAAUAAUUGUAUUAUUUACUUACAUAGAGAAAAAAAAUAUUUUUUUUCACCAGCGUCAGGGUUUCCAUGUAUAACCUGAUUAAAAUUUGAUGUUAGGUUUUCCAGUUUGAUAGCAUAAUUCAUUAUUAUUAUGUACUAGUUUCAGAUAAACAUUCAUUUCUGGGCCCUGAAAAAUAAAGUCAACACUCAGAACUUCACAUUUUUUUCUACACUGCGUAAUACAAGGAAUACAAGGUUAAAAACUGUAAAGUAUUUUGAAUUGGAAAUAGUGGUGUAAGCCUUUUUAGUUCUCUGAAGUAUUUUCUACAUAUUAUUCCAGAGAUCCAAAAAUUACAUAUAUUUUCUGGUAGCCUAUGUCAUAUGCAGCUAUUCACAGCUAUAAAUAUUUUCAAUAUCCAUAAUGUUAUAUAUAGGCCGAGAGGUUUACAUUUGGAGGAAGAAAAAUUAAGAAGAUAACAUAAAAUCAAGGAGACAACUUAUAAAUUGUGUCACUAAGGAUUGUUGAAGAGAAUAGCCUUCUUCCUGACAUCCAACUUUUAAAAACUGCUGUUCUAUGUGCUUUAUUCCAUAAUUUACUAUGUGUAUUUCACUAAAAUGGAUAUUACUUUUUCUUUUUGGCUUUCUCUAUUUUGUGAAUUCUAAUGUUUCUAUUUGUAAGGUUACAUAAUUUAUUAAGCAAUAAGUUUAUGUAAGUAGAGCUGUCUUCAACUCAAAAUAAAUGAGCCUAUAAAUGUCCAAGAAGAAGAAGAUUCUUUUAUGAAAUUUUAAAUUAGAGAAAUUUGGUAAAAUAUAUGAAAC